AUGAAUCUUCCAGCAUCCUCAAGCAGCCUUGAAGAGGAGAAGCCUACGAUCGGAAAGUACUGGUUGGUCCAAUCGGUCAAAAAACUCGCAGCCAUUUACGAUACUUACCCUGGCUGCAAAUAUGACAAAAAGGUCGAUUCCCGACCCAUCCUCGUACAACAACUGGUCCUGUUUGAUACGGCCAGGGUAAUUGCUUGGCUCAGUGAGCAAGCGGAGAUUGCAGAGAUGGGCGAAGAGGAGUUUGAGUCGACCACCAAGCUCUAUCAAGCCGAGAUUGAUAAAUCAAAGCUGGAGGUCAAAAAAUGCUUUGAGUCCUACGUCAACACUACCAUGGACGAAUUGGCAUUCGAUGACGACACCUCUAUCAAGCAUAUUCAGGCUUCUUAUUCCUCCGCCAAGAGAUCUGCUAAGGAGGAACAUGCUCUCGAUAUCAUGGCUGGUCGUGAGGUGGGCAAAUGGAGUGGCGAAGAGGACGAGGCCUGGGGAUAUGGUCGCGGAAUAGUCCCCGGUCACCCUUUGUUUGAAUACUUCCACGAAAAGUCCGUCAAGCGUGCGAGAGAAGAGACUAAGGAAGCCCCUGCUACAGAGGCGGAAGGCGAACGCAAGAAGCCAUCGAGCCACCCUCAAGUGCGAAUCACUGGGCCCCUCCUCGAGAAUUUUGCCUUCCCGGCACGUCAGCAAAGAGUGCUUCCAAAGGCUACCUAG